UUCUGCCCACAUCAUUGAAGGCCAAGAGGAUGAGGAUGCAGAGGGGCUGGACCAUGAAGGUACCUCUACUGGUGCUGGGACUGCUCAGCCUGAUGACUCCACUUGCCUGUGCCCAGGACCCAAGAUAUGAGGAUUUGGUGAAUGGAUUCAUCAAGGAAUACAACAGCAAUUCAGGAUCAGAAAACCUCUUUCGUCUCUCAAUCCUGAAUCUGAAGCCUGGGGAUAACAAUGAUCCUGUUGCUCCUCGACCUGUGUCAUUUACCAUAAGAGAGACCGUGUGCUCCAAUACUGAAAAUCGCAAUCCAGAUGACUGUGGCUUCAAGGAAAAUGGGCUGGUGAAAGAAUGCAUUGGAACCAUUGCCCUGGAUUCUCCCAAGCCCUCUGUUGACAUUUCCUGUGAUGGGCCUGAAAGGAUCAAGAGAUUUGGAGUUUUCAAGAAGAUUCAGGAAGGAUUGAGAAAUCUGGGAAACAAAAUAAGGGACAGAAUUCGCGAUUUUUUCCAAAGGGUGUGAGGCUCUUAUGGGAGACUGAGUCUCACUUUCUGUUUUAAGACCUUGUAUUCUGCCUUUGUCUCCUCAGAUUUAAUAAAUUACAGUUUGAUUCUCUGUG